AAGGCCUUUGGGAUAGUAUGCUUCACCUGCCUCACACUCGCUUAGUUUGAACGGAAGGUUUUGUUUGGAUUACUUUUGGAGUACUUGCAUUUCGCUUCCAAAUGGCUCGAGUUUACGUCGGAAAUCUGGGAAAUAAGGGUUCCAGGCGAGAACUCGAACGUGAGUUUGAGAGAUACGGGCCUCUUCGCGACGUAUGGGUCGCUCGAAAUCCUCCAGGCUUUGCUUUCAUUCUGUAUGAAGACUCACGGGAUGCUGACGACGCGAUCCGUGAAAUGGAUGGAAAGUUAGUAUGUGGAGAACGGAUUCGUGUAGAACUUGCUCGAGGUCCUAGUCGUGGCGGAAGAGCUGCUCGGCUUGGACUGACGGAGAAAUGCUUUGAUUGUGGAAGGGUUGGACAUUACGCUCGGGUUUGUACACGUCGACCGCCCGGCGGAAGUCGAGACCGCGAUCGAGAGCGGCGGCGCUCCAGAUCACGCAGUCCACGAUCCCGUUCCCGUUCUCGUUCACCCAAACGAAGACGCAGUCACAGUCGAUCUCAGUCUCCAAGGAGGAGACGCUCUGCAUCAAAUGAAGACAGGAAAUCGAAAUCUCCCUCAAAAUCUCGCAGUAAGAGCCGUUCACGCAGCCGAAGUGAAGAGAAAAUCACCAGAGAAAGAAGUGCAAGUCCUGGUCCUGACAGAAAGCAAGAGCAAGAGAAAGAAGACUAUAAAAGAAGGGAAGAAACAGGGAGAGAAGCUGAAGAAGACAGGCCAAGGGUGGAGGAGGAGGAGAGGGAGCAAAAGUCUCGCAGUGCCUCACCUAGGCCAAAUGACACUGACAGCCACUUUAAUGAUGACAAUGUGGAAUAACAGUGUGGCUUCUCUCACUUACAGUGUUGUCCAGUUAUUUCAGUAUUUGUAGAUAUUCUUCUAAAGUCUGUAGCUUUUAAUCAAGAAAUUGCUUGAAGAUUCAGCUGUAGCUAUGGUUUUCCUUGUCUAGAUUAGCCAGUUGGUGAAUAUUGAAGGAAUUCUGGGUCAAAAUGUAGCUGUUGGAUUGGGUGGGGUGCAAGUGGGUCCAUGUUGUGGUAACAGGUCUGGCUGUUUGGUGUGAGGCAGGCCCUUUUGUCACCUUAGAUUCUUUGAUAACCUAAGGCUGGUAUGGUGGUGUUACAGGAACCCACCCACUUGAUACUCAGGAUUCACGAAACAAAUAUAGUUAAUUAUCUCCAAAUUUUUUUUAUCAUUAGAAGUAGUAAUGGUAUCACUCUCAUUGUUCUUUAUUACAUACUUUUUCUGUUACCUGUCUACAGUGUUUAUUAUGGUUGGUUUAUUAUGUGAGUUUGUAGGGGAAAAGUUAAGACCCAUUUGAAAUCUAUGCAAAUCAAGUCAAACCACCAAAUUCAAUUGUUAAUGUCAUUGGAAAUUUAGUACUGUUAUAAAAUACCUGAGUUUUACUUCUAUUGCUUGCGUGUGCCUUUGUAGCAGUUCAUUCUCUCAUAACUUAUUACUUGUUUAGUGAAAUGGGGUUCCUUUGGUUUCCAUUGCAAGUUGCCAGCUGCUCAGGCACUUACAAUUUUGAAGGGAUACAUUGUUUUCCAGGGGUUUCAAAAUGUUUGUAAGUAGGUGUCCAUGAAAAGUCCAUUGAAAGGUAAUUAUUUUGACCAGAGUAACCAGCGACAUGUUGGUGAGUAGCCAGCAGAAUUCUGGUGGUCACUGGCUUGUUUUGGAACCCCUGGUUUUUUCCUCAUUACCUGUACAGUAUUUAUAAUCUUUUCACAGCAUUUUUGAGGGAUCAAAAAUUGCUUCCAGUAAAGUAUUUUGAUUUCACUGAGAUGGUUCUUUUUCCACUUUCUUAUUGUUUUACACUUGCUUAUUAGCUUAGGAAUAUCUUUGCAAUGAAGUCAGUUGUUGCACUCCAUAUUUUGGGGCAGCAUCAGUAUCUGUCUUCUCCAUACUGUUCUACAUACUUUCCUUUAACACAGGCCAGGGGAAUUUAUUUGAUACUCAAUCUUUUAGUUGGUGAUCAUUUCUUUUAUUCUCAUCACCUUAAUGCUUAAUUUGGCAUUGGUACAGGACAAAUAAGAUUUUGGUCACUCGUGGGAGUUAGGGCUAAAAACUUAUGCUUUUAGUACAUCUAUACUUGCACACUUUGUGAUUAAAUUACUUCAUGUUCA